GGAUAAAUGGGAUGAGUAGCGAGCAAGGAUGGUAAAAAAUAACCGCUUUUUGUCUUGUUUUCAUUGCGUGUGCUGACGUAGAUAUCUGUGGGGGCAUGAGAGAGUGGAUGCUGAGUGGGCAGGAAUACAAGAACCGAGCAUCCAAUCAUCUGCAGUGAAGUCAGCAUCCCUUUGUCCAAUAGAGUGUGACGAGUCUCCUCCAGUGUGAAGUAACAGCGCUGCUGUCUUAUUAAUGAAUGGAGCGUCUCAGAGGCAGCAAAACACUGCUUGAGCUCUCUCUCCCUCGCCGGAGGAGACAUCUCAAGAAGACCAGCAAGAGCACAUCUCACCUCGACAGAAACCAACAACAGCAACCGUCCAAAAACAUGAAGAAGCACCAGCAUGAGGAGGACAGCUCUGAGAGCGAUGGAGAGGAAUCUACUCUUCCUUCUGGAUUGGAGAUCCGCACUUCUUCAUCAUCAUCGAACCUUCUCGCACCAUCGGCUUCCCAGCGACGAUCCAUCUCCAUGGGGGAUUUCAGAAGAGUCCCCGCCGGACAGACGGGCACCGAGCCUUCUUCCUCAGCUGCCACUGCACCUUCUUCCAAACUGGUGACCCCUAGCUCUAGCAUGGAGUUCGAAGCGGCUCGCCGACGCCUCCUUGAGGUGGAGGAGAGGCAGCGUGUCAUCAGGGAAAUGGAGAGUCGAUUAGAGGAGCUGAGGGAGGUGUUUGUGCGCUCCGAGCAGGAGGCCGUCGAACACGGGGAGCUGGUGGCACGCAUCGCUGUUGCGGCCCAGCAGGGUGAGCUGUAUGCGGCGGAGAACGGCCAGCGGCUGAAGAAAGGGUUAAGGUUUAAGAAGCACAGACCCACUAUAGUGUUUUCCUCAAUGCUUGGACUGAGAACGUGUCUCCCGUGGCCUGUCAAACUCAAAUAACAAAACUGCAGCUGCUCUUUUAGUUCCUCACCGCUGUCACACGUCACAAAACGUCUCUUCAAGAGGACGCCGUUAGUCAGGAAAUCCUCUUUGUCAGUGUAUAUUUGUUAACCGGGAACAUGGUGCUUUAUUUAGGCCGAAAGGCAGCCCAUCAUAAUGGCGCAGGCCUCGUAUUUGCUGCUCAAACCGAAACUGCUGGGGAUUUGAUGUAAUGUGUGUGAACUUUGCUGAUGCUUAGAGCUUUGUGCAUGUGUUACGCUCCACGUUCUGGGAUUGUUUUGUGGGGAGAGUAUUUUGGUAGUGCGUAUGAAUGACAGGUAGAUAAGGAUGCUGUUCCUUUAGUGGAUCUCAGUCAGGUUUGGAUUUUUGUAAUUUGUUCACAAAAAGGAAACCAAAAGGUUUUGCUUGAACUUCCUAUUUUCGAACCUUUCAUCUUAAUGGCCCAAGAAACACAAAGAUCCAGAUGAUUGUAGGAUUUCUGCACAUAAACAGGACGGGGCGCGAGAAAAAAGGAUGCUCUUAAAUUUGCUGAGCCCUUGUUCACCAGAAUGUGCCUGGAUUGUCCACUGGUCCUCUGUGGAUGGAGGUUUCUCUCUCUCUUUCGCUCCAUCUGUGGCCUCUUUCGUUCCCCUGUUGCUUAGCAACCUGGACUGACUUUCAUGUCUUCAGAAUGUAAUUUAACAGAACAUCCAAAACUACGGCUCAUGAAUGACAGGUGGAGGGUAUAUUCAGAUUUUUUGCUGCAUAUUGCUAGUUAGUUUGAAUAUAAUAUUUUACAGUAAGCUCUGAUUCACUUACAUUAGUUAUAAUGCAUUUGCUAAUAUCAAGCAACGUAUUUUUACAGCAUUAAUAGUCUUUGUUCAUUUAAUACAAGUAUAGUUGCUCAUACACUUAUUGUGCAUUAACAAUGUUAACUAACAUUGUUACUAAUGUUAACAAAUAGAACCUAAAGCCAGGAGUGUAGUCUGUUUUUACUUGUACUGGAACAUACGUGCAUGUUUGAACGGACAGCCUUGCAAAGUAUAGUUUAUUUGACCCGUACGCAGACAAUUGACGCAUGCGCACUGUUACAAAAUGAAAUGCAUCUCCUGUGCUACAUACAACAUUGUCCGGUAAGUGCAUGUGCAACCUACAUGUACAAUGUACACAUGGGGCCUCAUUUAUAAAUCGUGCAUACGCACAGAUUUUAUUGUAAAAUGUGAGUACGCAAAAAUCCACGGCAAAGUCCAUAUUUAUAUGGACUUAUAUGGACCCCGAUGCUGCAGGUUUUUGUAAAUAUAAGCCAUUCUUGCUGCUCGAAAAGGAUUUGAACAUUGACAGGCGCAUUUUUUAUGUCAACUACAUAGAAGUGGAGAUCUGAAACUGCUCAGCUGCGCACAAGUUCAAGAUCAUAUGCGAUUUAUAGAUUUCACAUCUAAAAGAAAGGUGUACGCCCAUUUUCUGUGCGUACGUUUGUUUUAUGAAUCACAUGUACGCAUUUUUGAAAAAUGAUCAUGAGAUCAAAUGUAAGAUGGUUUCUACGCAGCAUUUUAUAAAUGAGGCCCAUGGUUUCAAAAAUCCAGCGGUGCACGUACAUUACGCGCACACUCUUCCGAUGAUAAAAAUUGCAUCAUGCGGACUGUAUGUGGACCUUUGGGUAUGCGUAAAAAAGACCAUACUAAUGCUACGUACACACCAAAUGCGGGGCAUCGCAUUACUCGCUCUAGAUUACUCGCGGGAUUUGACUUUGUGUCGUGCGAAUUUUUCGCUCGAGUUUAAUAUUUUUAACUUGUGAGAAGACGCGUUUGAGGUGAAUAGCGUAUGUUUUCACGUUAAACGCGCCGCCCAUAUCACGUCAUUCGCAUCGCCCCACGCGAGGAUGCAUCUGAUCGUGUCUUUGCAUUGACUUUGUAUGUAAUCUACUCGCGCAAAUCGUUGAACUCGCGUCUGGUGUAAACCCACCGUAGGCCUUUAUACAGUAUAACAUUGGCCUAAACUUUACAUGCACUGGCAUGGUGUGUUUAAUAAUGACCUUUAACAAUGGUUAAACAUUUUAAAGGAAUAGUUCACCAAAAAUAAAAAUACAUUUUACUCCAAAAACAUAAAACACAAAAUAAUUUUUUUAAAGUGCUAUUCACUUUGCUUUUCUCUGUGAUGAAAUAAUGACAUUUUGUUUGGUCAGACAAAAUAAAUAUAGUUAUUUUUAACUGUACCGAAUUUAGUUUUUGGGUGAACUAUUCCUUUAAGAAUUAUCAUUCUCAUUUGAUAAUGUAGUUGUAAGGGUGCUGAUUUUGUAUUUUCAUUGAAAUUGCAGAAACGUCCAGUUACGUUUCUUCUCCUGCUUUCAGAGCAAACAGCUCCAGCACAGCUUCAUUCGAGCGUUGACGUGUGCUUAGGGACUUCAUCUAUAGGCACAGGGGAUUUCUAUUCUUGGCUUUAGCCGGUUAAGGCUGGAUGAUUCUGGGUUAGGUAGAAAGAGAUAAUGCUACUCUUUCCUAAGGCUCCUUGAAUGAAGCUCUUAUUUUGCAUUAACAUUGCUAACUAAUACCUUCAGGUUGAUUGUUUUCUAAAAUCUGAAUGUUUUCACGAUAAUCUGUUUUCUUUAAUAUAACAGAUUUAACUAAUACACGCUUCCAUUGCACACUGAAUGUAAAUGUGAGCAUUGCAGCAAUAUAUUCCUGUCUUCUUUAUAUGCUACUGCAUGCACGCUAUUUUGUCCUUCAGCUCGGCAUGACACCCGUGUAUGUGUAUGUGUAUGCGUGUGCACGUAACACCGUUGGAUUUACGUCAUUUGUGGGGGCAGGAUGCCUGCAGACCGCAGUAUUUCAUUCUGGUAAAUCAGCAUAGAACGGCCGAUUCUGAAUUCAAGGGCUUUUAACAUUUUACUUAAAGAGCAUUUCAGGGUUUUUAAUAGAUGUUAUUUCAGGAGGGCUUUGAUUUAGGCAGUAGAUUAAACUGAAUUUAGGAUGUGGCUGCUUUAAUGUGUGGAUGAAUUUAUCAACCGUACACCAAAUGUUGUUAAUAUUUCAUCAAAAACCCUUGAAGUGGCAUUAACUGAUGUUUCCAUUGACAUACAUUUGACAGACACCUUUAUCCAAAGCGACGUAUGAUGCAUUUAAGCAUUUUAUCAGUAUGUGUGUUCCCUGGGUUUGAACCCAUGACCUUUGCAUUGCUGUUUUUGUCAGAUGUUACUAUGGUAAACUCACUUAAAUAUAAUUACAAGCAUUUCAAAAGUGUAGAAGGCUUUUAUCAACAAUUACAUUAGUUUUAUGCAACGAGUCAAUAAUCACAGGCUGCUUACGAAAUAGGGCUGUCACGAUUAUGAAAUUUGGCUGGCGGAUAAUUGUCUAAUAAAUUGUGACGAUUAUGACGAUUAAUUUGCUGUUUUAGGGCUUUGACGUUUAGUUCUCAUAGAUUUUUUUUGUUUGUUCAUGAAACAAUUUGUGAUUAUUUAAAUUAAAUCUUUUGCAAGGUUUACCUGGCAGUGAAUAUUAAUACACGUCACAUAUUUAAAAGUAAUAAUUUAAUGAAUAUAUCUUUUAAAAACUGAACAAUAAAGUGUCUGAAAAAUAAAAAUGCAAUCAAAAUAAAAUUCCUUACAGAUCCUUUAGAAUAGCAUCCUUCAUUUCCCUAAAUUUGGAAUUGCUGUUUUGGAAAUGUAUGUUUUACCUGGCAAUUCAUACUGCUUAUCAAAAUUUUGCAGCAUUUCUUUAAAUGCUGUUUUUCUACUGUAUUAAAUGGCUUUGCAAUGUAUCGCUUUACACUGUCAGUCAAGGAGUGCCAUUAGAUACGUUUAUAAAGGCGCUGAAGCUCCCCCUUGUGUUUUUAGAGAGAUAUGCAGUCAUUGUGGUGAUCUGAAAUCUUGCGAUAAGGUCAAACAAUCGCGAUGAGACGAUUAUUUAAUCAUUGUGGUAUCCCUAUUCCGAAAAUCGCAUACUGUGACAGCACAUACUGAACUAGAUGAAGUUGCCUGUUAAAACAGUAGGUAUGAAUAUGGAUAUUAUGAAUGAAUUCGGACAUACUGCAUCCACCAUGUUACACAUGACAUACGCCAUCAUCAUAAGAAGUUAACUGGAAUGAUGUUUAACUAGCACAAUUUAACCACAAGAGACAGCUGUUUAAUAUAUGCAUUUGCAUUUAAAUAGAGCUGCAUUACUGCUUUGGACAUUUUUGAAUAAAAAACGCAUCUCCUUCUUCUUCUUCGUUGGAUAACUCUAGGGAUGCACGAUAUAUCGGCCGAUAACUGCUUAUUUUUAAUAUUAUCGGUUAUCGGUCUGAUAGCAAAAUUAGGCCGAUAAAUGAAAGCCGAUAAAUGAUGGAUUAUUUUGGUUUGUUGAACCACUUCACUUGUUCAUUGCGGAGUUUUGAUUGGUGGUUUCUGUGACAUAGCACGAAGAUGAAACGUGUUGCAGGCUUAAGAAGAGUAUGCUAGUCUAGCGCAAAGACAAGAUGUCCGCGGUCUGGGAGUUUUUCAUUGUGAAAUUAAUAUGAAUAUUUAUCGGCCUAUAUAUAUAUAUAUAUAUAUAUAUCGGUUAUCGGCCCCCAAAUAUAAAGAGUUAUCGGUUAUCGGUAUCGGCCAAAAUUUCCAUAUCGGUGCAUCCCUAGAUAACUCUUCUCCCGGGGUUUCAUGUCACAGGAUAGUAAAGGGUCCAUCGGAUGAACACUUCAGGAUUAUGCCGGAAGUAGUAGGUCAUCCGAGUACUUUUCACCUACUGUUUUAGGAAUACAUUCGGACAUACUUUUCGCCUCGCCUACUAUAUAGUAUGGAAGUAGGCGGUUUCGGAUGCAGCCACAGUGUUGACCCCUCUUUUUCAAGACAUCUGUAAUUCGGCCUGGCAUGCUGUCAAUCAACUUAUGGGCCACAUUCUUACUGAUGGCAGCAUUCUUGCAUAAUCAAUGCUUAGAGUCUUGAGUUUCCUGGCAAUGGACCCAAAAUUUUAAUGCUUUGUGCCCCGUGCCACUUACAGUAGUUAUUACUUUUGCAUUAUGGCAAGGUGCUGCAUUAUGCCGGAUAAGGCAUUGUUCAUCAACAAUCUGUUCUUGGAUGGUGGGGGAGAAGUUGCUCCCGAAAUAAGUUUUUGAACCCUAAGUUGAUUGACAGCAUGCCAGGGCGAACUGCAGAGGUCUUGAAAAAGAAGGGUCAACACUGCAAAUAUUCAGUCUUUGCAACCUAAUGUAAUUGUCAAUAAAAGCCUUUGAUACUUAUGAAAUGCUUGUAAUUAUACUUCAGUAUACCAUUGCAACAUCUGACAAAAAGACCUAAAAACACUGAAGCAGCAGAUUUUGUGAAAAUAAUAUUUGUGUCAUUCUCAAAACGUUUGGCUGUGCAAUGCUCAAUACAAUGCUAAUGAGUUUUUCUGAUCAAAUACCUUACAGCUUCCACCAUGUUACUGUAAAACCAUAUUAAAUUAAUAUGAUGUUUCCUUUAAAGCGUGUAGGAAGCUUUUAACAUCAUUCUGCUUUUGUUUCGGAUGACGUUUGUUGCUGAUAAAGUUAUAAUAGUUUUAUAUUGUAAUAAAUGUCAAUAGCAUUAGUUACCAUGGUAACAUAUUUGGGAGCUUUUUAAUUCGUAGAAAUCCACUGAUGAUGUAAGAUGAGCUAUUAAAUUAGUUUCUCAUGGACAUUUGUAUUUUAUCUCUCUCUCUCAUCUUUAUUCAUGCCUUCACACUGUAUAUAAUGGUUCAUGCACUGAUUUUUGCACUUCUUUAUGAGUUUUGAAAUGACGAAGCUUUUUGAAAAAAAAAGCUUUCCCAAAGAUGUCUCUGGACCCACUCACAGACUGAAUGUAAAGUCUGCCUUGACAUUAAGGGUUUGUUGGACAAACUGGACAUCAAAUUAUUAAGAUACUGUAUACCAGAUCAUUCGUUAUUCUUUCCCUUAGCUAAUGUACAUCUCAUUACUGUUAAACUACAUUUCUUUUUAGCAAUGCAAGCUUUUCUGGGAUUGAAAGACAUGAUUGUGUUCACACACACAAACAGCCUUUGUACUGUGUCACUUUUGAAUGUUAUAAGAAUGUAUCACAUUUUGAAAUCAUGUAUUUAAUAUGCU